UCUGAGGAUUCUAGUUAGGGUUUUCCCCAGAUCUACACACCAAAUUUUCGAAUUCGUAUUUGUUUGGAUACGGUUUUCACCGAUUCACGAUCCAUAAGCAAUUAUAAGAGUUUGAAAUGAGUGGAUGAUGUAUAUUAUUGUUAAUUCUCAAGAAGAUGCCGAUCGAGAUGCCGCGAGGGCUUCCAUUCUCGGUGGACACGUGGAGUCCCUCAUCCAUGGCCUCCAAGAGGCACCAUUUCUUGAGCCACGCCCACAGGGACCAUUCUUCCGGCAUCUCUUCCUACUUCUCCAUCCCUAUUUACUCCACUCUUCUCACCAAAAACCUCCUCCUCCGCCACUUCCCGCACCUUCAGCCACAUGCUGCGUCCUUCUUUACCAUCGAGGUAGGUCAAUCCUUGACCCUCGACGACCCUUCUGGCCCCUUCACUGUCACUGCUUUCGACGCCAAUCACUGCCCUGGAGCUGUGAUGCUCCUGUUUGAGGGCAAAUUUGGAAAUAUUCUACACACAGGGGACUGCAGGCUGACCCCUGAAUGUGUACGGAACCUCCCUGCUAAGUAUGUUGGAAAGAAAGGGAAACCGCCGCCUUGCGCGCUUGAUUGUGUCUUCUUGGAUUGUACAUUCGGUAGCUUCUCUCAGGCGAUGCCUAGCAAGAAUUCUGCUGUUCAGCAGGUUGUUAAUUGUAUAUGGAAGCAUCCUGAUGCAUUAACGGUGUAUUUGAUAUGUGACAUGCUUGGUCAGGAAGAGAUACUUCUUAGUGUUUCCAAAACAUUUGGAAGCAAGAUUUAUGUUGAUAGAGCUGAAAAUCCGGAUUGUUUCAAGAAUUUAGAACUUACUGCGCCUGAAAUACUGUGUGAAGAUCGUUUGUGUCGUUUCCAUUUGUUCGAUGGAUCCCCGGGGCUGUAUGAGAGAGCUAAAGCAAAGCUGUUAGAGGCCAAGGCUGCUCUUCAGCCUGAACCACUCUUUGUCCGCCCUUCUUCGCAGUGGUAUGCCAUUGAAGAAGGGUUCUCUGACAUUGAAAAUGCUAGGAAAAGGAGGAUUAGCGAAGCAGUUGUCGAUCAGUUUGGUGUUUGGCAUGUCUGCUAUUCAAUGCACUCGUCCAAGGAAGAAUUGGAAUGGGCACUACAACUUCUUGCACCUAAAUGGGUUGUUUCGACAACUCCCAGCUGUAGGGCUAUGGAGCUGGAUUAUGUCAAGAAACACUGUUUUAAGUCUAAAGCUGCUCUCAGUAGCUCCAUAUGGAAGCUUCUUGAUAUAAAUGUGGAAGCUUCUGAAGAUGCUGAUGCAUUCAUGAAAUCUGUGAGCUGUUCUCCAGUGGUUGAAGAGACACCUCAGCCUUUUGCUCGAAUUGAAUCACCAGUGAAACAGCGCACAGACACUAUAAAACUUGUGUCUCUUCCUGCUCAAAGAUUGCCUGUCACGUUAUUUGGAAGAGCAAGGCUGAGUCUUCAAGAUUCGAGCUUUUCACGGGUAGGGUGUAAUAGCUUACCUACUAAUGUCCCCACGCAAGCAAUUUCAAGCAAUGCAGGAAAAGAAGUCCUGGAUGGCAGGAAGGAUGCUGAGGCGAAAUUGGGGAGAUCACCGGAAAGAAAAGAUUUACGUCAAGUUAAGUAUCAGCCAUCUGAGGAUCAGGAAAUAAGAGAUUUACAUCAAGUUAAGUAUCAGCAAUCUGAUGAUCAGGAAUCUGAGGUUCAGGAAAUAAUAGAUUUACAUCAAGUUAAGUAUCAGCAAUCAGAGGAUCAGGAAUCUGAGGUUAAGGAAAUAAGAGUUAAUAAUAGUCGCUCUUAUUUAAAUAUUAGACCUUCAGGCAUGAGUGAUAGUGUCAGAAAGUUGUACAGGCGUAUGAAUGUUCCCGUGCCUGAACCUCUUCCAUCAUUGGUGAAACUUAUGAAUUCCAAUAAACGUGCCAAGAGAGGAAUUUUUUAGUUUUAUUCUUUUAACUACGGUUUGCCAAUUUCCAUAUUGGUAGAUGCCAAUGCACCGAGUCUUGUAAAAUUGUUUGUGUUUUUUCUGUAUUUGAAUUUACGAACAUUGGUAUACUGCUUCUAUACCUACAUUUGCAA